GCUCUCCAUGCUUCCACGCUGCCGCUACUGCGCAUGUUGCAUGACAGGUACACGCAAAGCCUCCAUCUUGGGCAUCCCGAGCUGAGGCGAAAGGGCAGCAGCCAUACAUAUUUUUUUACACACCGAUUCAGAAAAACAACAACAACAACAACAAAGCAAAGAACGGAGGAGAAGAAAGAAAAAUGGCAAAUUGCCGAGAUGAAACUUUYCCCCCCCGUUUCUAAAGAAAACCAGCCCGCUCAACAAAUUGCUCCACAGAAAUGAGCGGAUAACAGAAUGGGACUGAAAGACAGCGACGGGUCUGGGAGGCUCUSAUAACCCGUUUUCUUCUUCUUUUUUUUCCCAGCUUUGUGAGGACCUGCAGGUGACACUUCCCCCGGCACCUCUCUCAGAAUGGACAGGAAGAAGUUCGCCAUCUUUCUCCUCGUUCUUUUUCUUUGUCUUUCGGGCGGAUCUGCUAAAGAAAAGGGAGCCAAGAAAGGAAAGAAGAAAGGAAAGCAGGUUUACUGUCCAUCACAGCUGUCAUCCGAGGAUCUGGCUCGAGUCCCUGCGAAUUCAACCAGUAACAUCUUGAACAGGUUACUGAUCAGCUACGAUCCCAGGAUAAGGCCGAACUUCAAAGGGAUUCCUGUGGAAGACAGAGUGAACAUUUUCAUCAACAGCUUUGGCUCCAUUCAAGAAACAACCAUGGAUUACAGAGUGAACAUUUUCCUGCGGCAGCGCUGGAACGACCCAAGGCUGAAGCUGCCUCAGGACUUCAAGUCAGAUUCGCUCACCGUUGAUCCCAAGAUGUUCAAGUGUCUUUGGAAACCUGACCUGUUCUUCGCUAAUGAGAAGAGCGCUAACUUCCAUGAUGUCACCCAGGAGAACAUUCUCCUCUUUAUCUUUCGCAACGGAGAUGUUCUCAUCAGCAUGAGGUUGUCAAUCACUCUUUCUUGUCCACUGGAUCUGACUUUGUUUCCAAUGGACACUCAAAGGUGUAAAAUGCAACUUGAAAGCUUCGGCUACACAACAGACGACCUGCAGUUCAUGUGGCAGACGGGAGACCCAGUGCAAAUGGACGCUAUCGCUCUUCCACAGUUUGAUAUCCGACAAGAAGACAUUGAUUAUGGAAACUGCACCAAAUUUUAUGAAGGAACAGGCAUCCUCUCAGUACUCUCCUUGUCUUCUGAGUGCACCUCCUUAGCGUCGGAGCUCCCCAAAGUGUCCUACGUCAAGGCCAUUGAUAUCUGGCUUAUUGCUUGCCUGCUGUUUGGUUUCGCUUCGCUGGUGGAGUACGCGGUGGUUCAAGUGAUGCUGAACAGCCCGAAGCACAUCGAGGCAGAGAAAGCCAAGAUAGCGUCCAAGGAGAAGGCUGCAGGAAAAAGCCCCGCCGCCAAGAGCAACRCCAACAACGGAACCGGAGGGACCCCGCUUCACGUCAGCACCUUGCACGUUGGAGAGACCCGCUGCAAGAAGGUGUGCACGUCUAAAUCCGAUCUGAGGACCAAUGAUUUCAGCAUUGUUGGCUCUCUCCCACGGGACUUUGAGCUGUCAAAUUUUGACUGCUACGGGAAACCCAUUGAGACUGGUUCUGGUUUUGGUAAAUCGCAGGCAAAGAACAAGAAACCGCCUCCUCCGAAACCGGUCAUCCCCUCUGCUGCCAAAAGGAUUGACCUGUAUUCUAGAGCGCUCUUCCCCUUCUCCUUCCUCUUCUUUAAUGUGAUUUACUGGUCUAUAUACUUGUGAUUGUCUUGUAUUAUUACCCCUUGAAUCCAAUUUUAUUGGUUCUUUAUUGGUCCAAUUGCAUACAAACUUCAGUUUGAAGGUGUGCAUCAAGAAAUGUGAGCCUUACCACCACUAAAUUACUGCUGAGAAGAAAAUCAAAGUACUAUGUGUUAUUGAAUUGUAAGAACAAUUAAUUUGUUUAUAAAAAUGGUAUUUCCUAUUUUUGCUCAGAUAUUUAUAUUGUAUCUUAUACUGAAAUAAAUCACAUAUUUAUAGUUGUAUUUGAGAGAGAAAUGCAGGAUUGCUAAAUUCAAACUGUUGUGAUGAAUGAUGUAGAAACAAAUCCACAAAGACUGAGUGUGGAAGAAAWGAGCUAAAGGAUGUUAUGUUGAAGACUGUUUGCUUAAAGCUGUUUUCUUCUUUUGCCCUUGCCCAAUGGGUGUUUGCUUACAAGUUUGAAAAGUAUUUUAUUUAAGCUUCAAAUGCAAAGUGCAACAUCGUAAUUACCUCGCAUGUUAAAAAUACUGCAUGUAUUUAAAAGUUUCAGAUAUAAAUAUAUAAAUAAAAUAUUUAUGAAAUGUUACUAUUCUUAUGAUUUGCUCUUGGGAAGAGAGAAAAAAAAAGAAGCAAGUGAAAAUGUAAAACACUCCUCCUGUCCAGAUGGUUACGUGACACUGCCACUUCUCCAGUUAAUAUUGACAUAUCCCAGCUGUGCAAAUGGGUCACUUGUGAGCUGUGACCUUGUAUUUGUGAAAUUUGCAAUAAAAUAAAUGAUCAAAUGACUUUUCACCAUUUGAUGUUAUUAAAAAUAAACACAGAAACUUGA